ACGGGGAGCGGCAGCCGCGGAGUAGGAUGCUCUGCGGGGCGCCCUGAGCCGGGGGCGCGUGAAGCAGCUUCGGGGGCCGGGGCCACAGGGCAGCUUUCACAAUGCAUCAGUCCCUGACUCAGCAGCGGUCCAGCGACAUGUCCCUGCCCGAUUCCAUGGGAGCCUUCAAUCGAAGGAAACGAAACUCCAUCUAUGUCACCGUGACUCUGCUUAUUGUGUCGGUGUUGAUUCUCACGGUGGGCCUUGCCGCAACCACCAGGACCCAGAAUGUGACCGUCGGAGGUUAUUACCCGGGAGUUAUUCUCGGCUUUGGAUCGUUCCUUGGAAUCAUCGGAUCAAACCUUGUCGAGAACAAACGGCAGAUGCUGGUGGCCUCCAUCGUCUUUAUCAGCUUUGGGGUGAUUGCGGCCUUCUGUUGUGCCAUCGUCGACGGGGUCUUUGCUGCGAGACACAUUGAUCUGAAACCACUCUAUGCUAACCGGUGCCACUAUGUCCCCAAGACAUCCCAGAAGGAGGCUGAGGAGGUGAACUGCCCUCACCUCAGCCGUGGAUUCUGCACGCCUCGCAUCCGGGGCAACACCUGCUUCUGCUGUGAUCUCUACAACUGUGGCAACCGGGUGGAGAUCACCGGUGGGUACUACGAGUACAUCGACGUCAGCAGCUGCCAGGACAUCAUCCACCUCUACCACCUGCUCUGGUCCGCCACCAUCCUCAACAUCGUCGGCCUGUUCCUGGGCAUCAUCACUGCCGCUGUUCUUGGAGGCUUUAAGGACAUGAACCCAACUCUGCCAGCACUGAACUGUUCUGUUGAAAAUGCCCAUCCAACUGUUUCUUACUAUGCUCGUCCUCAAGUAGCAUCGUAUAAUACCUACUACCAUAGCCCUCCUCACCUGCCACCAUACUCCGCGUAUGACUUUCAGCAUUCGGGUGUCUUUCCGUCCUCCCCUCCCUCCGGACUUUCUGAUGAGCCCCAGUCCGCCUCGCCUUCGCCCAGCUACAUGUGGUCCUCGAGCGCACCACCCCGCUACUCUCCACCCUAUUACCCGCCUUUUGAAAAACCACCACCUUACAGCCCCUAAAGAGGAAUGCCUGUUGGCUAUCGAGAUUAUUGUGGCUUUUGUAUUUCUGCUUUAGUGGAAGUGUGUAGGGUACAACGUUUAAGGUGUGAUUCUUAUGCAUACGGUUUUACAGAGGCUUGCCAAGCCAGGGAAAGAUAGGGAUGAAGCUUCUGCGUCAUCAGUGCAGAGCAGGGGUGGCUGGGCUGAACCCAGUGCUUCCAAGAAGGGCAGCAACACACUCUUUAAGCAAGGCUGCGGAGCCGUCCCAGCAAGAGGCGUGUCCCGCGCGGACCUGCAUUUCCCACAGGCUUGGCGUCUGCGCUCUGCAGAAGUGUGGUCACCGCCUGUUUCACUUUGUGUAAAUGCAGGGGCCUCCUCGGACGCUUGUAGAUUGCCACCCUAGCACCUUGGUUGAAGCACCUGGCUUAUGGGCCCUAUCUUUCCCUACCGCCAACGUCGGUCCCUAAGGAAAAUUUCCCA